UUUGGUACGGAAAUGAUAGCUAUGGCGACCUCACCGGAAGAUACGGAUCCCACGCGGUCGAACCGUCGCAAAGCCUGCGAUUUGUGCUUUACGAAAAAGAUCAAGUGUGACAUGCUCAAACCCGUCUGCUCUAAUUGUAUUCUUUACAAUACGGACUGUCGGACGAGUAUUAUCCGACGCAAGGCCAAUCCGGCGAGGGUGAGAGCAGGGACGAAACCGCAGCAGCAGGAAGACCCCAGUCGGACAGAAGCCCUGGAGUCGAGAUUAGCCCGGAUUGAAGCCCAGCUCCAGCUCGUCCUCAACGUCGCCAGAGAUGCCCAGCCACAGCAACCUUCAAUCGCUCAACAAUCACCGGAAAGCCAUUCAAGCGAGACCACAGAGGCAAUCUCGGCUGAAAAUGAAGUGCACGCUGGAAUCGCGCGGUCGGCCUACCACUCGUGGAAGUUUGACCCCGUCAACCCGAGCAUCUACGAGGGACCAGAGCCCGACUCGCUGAUGUUGCCGCCGUUGGAAGAGGUCCUGCCAAUUGUCGAUCAUUAUUUUUACACGUUUAAUGCGGUGAUCCCGCUGUUUCAUCAGCCUGAUUUUAUGAAGGUGCUGCAUACCUGGUAUAACCAGCCUCAGUCCCGCGACAGGGCGACUUGGGCGGCUAUUCAGAUCGUCAUGGCUCUUGGGUAUCGCACGCCACAGCUUGCACUUGGAGAGACGCAGAUGAAGCACAUCGAGAGGGCUGAUGUGUGCUUGAGGAAUGCGCAAACUGUUGUCUCGGAGCUUGUCACGCGUGAUCAGGAUUUACUUGGUGUUCAGAUUCUUCUUGGGAUUGUUAUGCUUUUCCAGAAUAGUCGCGAUCCGAAGCCCGCGAGUGUCAUUAUUGGCACUGCUGUUAGGCUUGCGCAUCGACUGCAGCUACAUUCUUCCAACGCGGGAGAGCUGUUUCCGGCUAUUGAAGCAGAACAGCGGUCUCGUGUUUUCUGGAUCGCGUACACUCUUGACAAGGACAUUUGUCUAAGGGCAAACACCCCGUCUUGCCAGUUUGACGACGAUGUGGAUAUUCCACUGCCAAGUCUUGCGCCUGCGGACAGCGCUGGUUUAAUAUGGACGCAGAACGGCCAGGUUCACUUCAACUACCACAGAAGACGAGUCGAGCUGGCGUACAUCGAAGGCAAAGUGUAUGACCUUCUCUACUCGAACCGCGCAAGCAAAGUCCGCGGCCCGGAGCGCAAGCGAAGAGUCCUCCGUCUCCAAAACAUGCUAGAUCAGUGGUAUGAGCGUAUCCCAACCGUCUUUCACAUCGACAACGUCGCUGCGAAUGUUGGUCCGAGCCAGCUAGUGCAGAUGACCAAGAUGCAUCACUCGUUUCUGCUGGCAGAAGUCAUGACGCAUGGGAUAUACAGCCACAAUGCAGACUGGGUUAAGCGGAUCAGUUCGUUCAGUCGUGCUGCUAUUGGGAACUGGAAUCCGGGCUAUGGGAGUCCAAAGUGCGGCAUGAAGGAUCAGGAGCCGCCUCUGCCUGAUGGUUGGACCAAGUGUGUUGAUAUUAGCCGGGGGUGUAUGAAGCUAUUCCAAGAGGCUACACCAACCGAGUGUCUUGUCUGGCAAUGCAGCUGCUCGCAUUUCUCAGCCCUCAUCAUCAUCCUUGCCAACAUGACCCUUAACCCAGGCCACAAUUUCAUCCACGUCGACCAGCACCUAGCAGUCAAAGCCCUCGACUUAUUCGACAAGCUCCUCGGCAUAAUCGAAGACGCCUCCUUCCGCAGCCUGCGAGCCAUCGUCGGCGAGCUAAGCCAAAAAGCCGAAGCAGCCGUCGAGAUUUACAGACAAGAGCUCAGUCGCUCGGGCCGAGACAUUUUUGAGACUUUGAAUGUUGAUAAUUCGGGUGAUGCGCAGCCCGAGUUGGAUUUCUUGCCUAGUAAUACUGUUUUUGAUGGGCUUGAUGGGCCGUUUUCUAGUUUGGAUACCGAGGUUGAUUUUGAUGCGUUGAAUUUUGAUCCGACUGGGGCUGGGAAUAUGGAGAUUUUGGAUAACGGCAUGGCGGAUUUGAUCAGCUUUAUGCGGUGA